AUGGCGGGCCGGCGCCCACCUCGCCCGGGGCUGCGCAUCCUACCCGGCCCCGCCCGGGCCCCGGGAUGCGGUUCCCCUCCGGUGCGGCUCGCUCUCCGCGGGCCCGUGUCCCGUGUCCCGCAGAAAGGGACCCAGAAACCUUACGCCGUCAAAAUGUUGAAGAAGACAGUAGACAAGAAAAUUGUCCGCACUGAAAUUGGAGUUCUUCUUCGCCUUUCACAUCCCAACAUUAUAAAACUGAAGGAGAUAUUUGAGACCCCUACAGAAAUCAGUCUUGUUCUGGAACUAGUCACUGGUGGAGAACUAUUUGACAGGAUUGUGGAAAAGGGGUACUACAGUGAACGAGAUGCUGCAGAUGCUGUCAAGCAAAUCCUGGAGGCAGUUUCUUAUCUGCAUGCAAAUGGAAUUGUGCAUCGAGACUUGAAGCCAGAAAAUUUACUCUAUGCAACACCAGCACCAGAUGCACCAUUAAAAAUUGCUGACUUUGGACUUUCCAAGAUUGUGGAAGAUCAUGUGACCAUGAAGACAGUUUGUGGAACUCCAGGGUACUGUGCACCAGAGAUAUUACGGGGAUGUGCCUAUGGCCCUGAGGUGGACAUGUGGUCCCUGGGGAUUAUCACCUACAUCCUACUUUGUGGCUUUGAACCAUUUUAUGAUGAAAGGGGAGAUCAGUAUAUGUUUAAGAGAAUCCUGAGCUGUGAAUAUGACUUUGUGUCCCCCUGGUGGGAUGAUGUGUCUCUAAAUGCCAAGGAUUUAGUUAAAAAGUUGAUUGUUUUAGACCCCAAGAAACGCCUCACCACUCUACAGGCUUUGCAGCACCCGUGGGUCACAGGGAAGGCAAUAAACUUUGCACAUAUGGACAACGCACAAAAGAAACUUCAGGAAUUCAAUGCCCGACGUAAACUUAAGGCCGCAGUGAAAGCCGUGGUGGCCUCCACGCGCCUGGGCAGCCACAGCGCCCACGAUGGCCACAGGCCGGGGCACGGCCCCGCACCCGGCCCGGACGCCCAGCCCGCCCAGGAGCUCGCUCAGGACGCGGCAGCGGCGCCGCAGGAGAUGCCCUAGGCCGGUGCUGCUCGCUGGUGUCGGCCAGGACGCGCCACCUCACACACCAGCUACCUUCCCAUCCAGCCAGACAGAUCUGUAAGCUUGGCCUCUCUGGUUCUGCUUCAGGGUGCCACGGGCCCCUGGCGAUCCUACCUUCAGUGCAUGUGACUGCUUACGAAAAUAGUAAACUGUUCCAUUAGGCAUGUCAUGGAAACAGUGUGAUUUGCAGUAAUACCAGAGGUGAAAACAUGGGGAUUAUUAACUAUCUACCAUAAUGUCUAUACUUCAUCUAUCUAGUGUUCCUAGGUGGCAUUUGAAACAAAAUGCUGUUUUGUUUGGUUUUAUGGAAGUAGUUGUCUUAUCUAUGUUGUGAGUUUCUUUGAACUGUUUCCUUCCAGGCUCAUAGUCCUUCAGCAGACAAAAUGGAAGGAAAUACCAAACUAGUGCUUUUAAAACUGAUGUAUGAAAUAAUGUUUUUUAUCUGUAAAAUUGAAAAGGUAUUUGGGGAUUUACAUGCAAAAAAAAAAAACCAAAAAAAAACAAACAAAAAACAAAACAAAAAA